UAGAGACUUUUACUUUGAAGGUACGUGCCAUCUUAGGGAUGCAUGACAUCGCUUGGGUGUUAAAAAUGAGCUCAACUCCAAUGCUUCCUGUAAACAUCUAAUGGAUCUCAAUAACUGAAGACGUUAUAUGUGUCACCUGGAGAAAGAUGAUAAUGGCAGAUGACAAGGAUGUGCUCCGAGAUGUUUGGUUCGGGAGGAUACCGGCCUGCUUCACGCUGUCUCCAGAGGAAACCACGGAGAGAGAGGCAGAACCCUACUAUCUGCUCCUCCCACGGGUCAGUUACCUGACGCUAGUCACCGAUAAAGUCAAGAAGCAUUUUCUCAAAGUCAUGAAGGCAGAAGACGUGGAGGAGAUGUGGUUUGAAUAUGAGGGAACGCCUCUCAAGUGGCACUAUCCCAUUGGCGUAUUGUUCGAUCUCCACGCUUCAAACACCGCUCUGCCCUGGAACGUUACAGUGCGCUUUAAGAACUUCCCAGAACAUGACUUGCUUCACUGCCCAUCGAACUCUGUGAUAGAAGCGCAUUUCAUGUCAUGCAUCAAAGAGGCAGAUGCGCUCAAACACAAAGGCCAAGUCAUUAACGACAUGCAGAAAAAAGACCAUAAACAACUGUGGAUGGGUCUACAGAAUGAUAAAUUCGACCAGUUCUGGGCCAUGAAUCGUAAACUCAUGGAGUAUCCUACUGAAGAGGGAGGCUUCCGCUAUAUUCCCUUUAGAAUAUAUCAGACCAUGAGUGACAGACCGUUCAUCCAAAAGCUGUUCCGACCAGUUUCUCCCGAAGGCCACAUGCUUACUUUGGGAGACCUGCUAAAGGAGCUGUUUCCUGCUGCCAUAUGUGCGGAAGACGAGCCAAAGAGAUUCCAGGUUAUGAUUCACGGCAUCGAACCGCUGCUGGAAACACCCAUCCAGUGGUUGAGCGAACACUUGAGCCACCCAGACAACUUUCUCCACAUCAGCAUCAUCCCGGCACCAAGUGACUGAUUCCAGAAGAUCCAGUUGUCCGUCGAUGGAGAAUUAGGGAUACAGCAUCUGCAGAGACGUUCUGAUGGCACACCAUUUCUUCCUGUUUUCUCAUUCUCAUCCCUGCAGUGGCCUUAUCGAGCGAUGGUCAUCAAGCAACGGCGUUCUGUGCGCUUCACACGAAGAAGACUCUCUCGAAACGACUUCUCAGAUGGGUCCCCUGUUCUUGCUGCCUUUAAAAUUCUCACAUUCAUACAUUUGCACAAGCUCGAUGUGAUUGUAUCCCCUCCCCAUUAACUCUUUAACACUCCCGUUCCCACUCUCUAAUUUGUGAGUAACGUACGCUUAGACCCUCAGAUCUGUUAAUUAUCAGAAGGAAUCCUUUUUUGUGUUUAAUGAGGCCACUAAACGACCGCCAUGGGGCUUGAUCAUCAACACGUUUUACGUAUGCGUCCGGGUCAGAUGAGGUGUAAAAUGAAGAUGGAAAAAAACGAUGGAAAAAAAUAUCGGUGACUUCAUUCACCGGAUUAAAUGUGUCAGUGUCUGGUUUUGGCAGCCAUGUAGGGGGUCGCACAGCUCAGUGGAGGUGAUCAUCCCACGAGCCGAUUAGUCACGAUCCCAGACGAAUGUUAGUGGGAUAUAGCACAAACGAAGCUCUUUUUCCCGGCUUUCUUCUAAUUUACAUUUUUUUUUUCAUCCGCUUGGAAAUAGUUUUUUCUAUUCAUUCAGAGCAAAUGUUUGAUCUUUGAAAUGGGUAUGUAUUGCAAGUCAGAGGCCAUACAAAUACAUUAUCAUAUCGCACUGUUUCCAACAAAUUAACCUUACAGUAUUUUUUUUUUUUUUCCCCCUUAUUUAUUUACAACCUGUAGGCAGACUGGCUGUCUGUGUUUAGGGGGUUGUGGGGACUGUAGAUCAGUGCUGCAGACGACACACAGCUGAGAGUGAUUAUUCGUUUAGAGGAAUCGGUGAGUGUUUUACCCCAGACCGAGACAGAGAGACAGCGGGCAAAACCGCAGAGCUUACGCCACCACCAGGCGACUUCUCGGCAGACUGUUCUCGAGACAAUGCUGUUUGUGUACAAACUUUCAGCUGUUUAUAUCAUUCCUUGUAUGACUAAUAAUUACAGAAGAUGCUGCAACUCCACACUACUAAUAACACGGUUAAAACGAUAAUGAAAUGGUUCAAAUGUG